AUGGCUCAUACACCGCAAAACGCGGGUUUGAUUUUUCUGAGUAAUGUGAACGUAUUGGAUCGAGCAGGAAGAACUGCAUUACAUCAUGCAGCUUUCAGUGGGCAUGGCGAGAUGGUCAAACUACUCCUGUCCAGAGGUGCCAAUAUUAAUGCUUUUGACAAGAAAGAUAGACGUGCCAUCCAUUGGGCAGCAUAUAUGGGUCACAUCGAAGUAGUGAAAUUACUUGUGUCUCAUGGAGCUGAAGUGACGUGCAAAGAUAAGUCUUACACACCUCUUCAUGCAACAACCUCUAGUGGAAUGAUCAGUGUAGUCAAAUACCUUCUAGAUCUUGGAGUUGAUAUGAAUGAACCCAAUGCCUAUGGAAACACACCUCUUCAUGUGGCCUGUUAUAAUGGCCAGGACGUUGUUGUGAACGAACUCAUAGACUGUGGUGCUAAUGUGAAUCAGAAGAAUGAGAAAGGAUUCACUCCUUUGCACUUUGCUGCUGCAUCCACACAUGGAGCACUGUGUUUAGAACUCCUGGUUAGCAAUGGGGCUGACGUCAAUAUGAAGAGUAAAGAUGGGAAAACCCCACUACACAUGACUGCUCUCCACGGUAGAUUCUCCAGAUCACAAACCAUUAUCCAGAGUGGAGUUGUAAUUGACUGUGAAGAUAAAAAUGGAAACACCCCUUUGCAUAUAGCAGCCCGGUAUGGCCAUGAGCUGCUAAUCAACACUCUUAUUACAAGUGGUGCAGACACUGCAGCCACCGCCAGGAUAAGCAACAUGUAAAGACUCCGGUAAGCCACCAGC